UUUGUUUACGCAUGCUGGGUGUGAUAUAGACCCGCUGUAUAUAACUGGCCACUCAGAAAUGUUGUUUACUUGACGCGGUGCGUACACAGUCCACAUGCUACAGCCGCAAUCUGAUAGGCCGGGCCAUUAGGCGGAAAGAGGCUCGCGGGACUGGUCGCAGGUGUCGCCGCUUGGCUUGUCGCGAAACGACCGUCGCCUACACGUACGGAAUCUACGGAGUUCAACGCCUCAGGAUUUUUCCUUACAAGACUUGUACCGGACUUACAAGGCGGUGAAGGUAAGCAGAAGCGGAAGUCUUAGAGACAGUAGUAGGCGAAGACUUUCUUAUGAGUCACUACGUCUUGAGUCAGAACAGUUGGUCACCAGACGGCAUACACCUGCACAAAUAGCCCUGCUCACAACACUUGUGAACAUCUGUGGAAGAAUCUUACACUACUAUAGGGUAGUCUUCUCUUUCUCUUUGCCAACGGCACGAAGUCCAGGUAACUGAACGCUGCUUUGACAACGGAAGAGAUCGUGUAAUUCUAUUCCCGGAUUUUCUUGAGAGAGAUGUAACUCGAAACUACUACGUGAAAUGGCUGAACGUGGAAGAGUAGAGACAUUUCUAGUCGUCGUUCUUUGCUUUGCCGCCAUUUUUGUCGAACCGUCAGAUUCCCGUCAUGUUGGUUCGUGUGUCGGUUGCCACGGCGACAAACGACACGACGGUGACAACCUGUCCGCCCUGUCGAGAUUCUGGACGAAGGUACAAGCAGCGAUGAUCGACACAGAGAAGCAGCUCGGAAUGGAGAGGAAAACUACCGCCGAGGCCUCUUCUGUAAACGAUGUCACCGGAUCGCAGCAAAGCCGUUUCGCCGCUGACAAAGGAGCAAACACACAGCAGCCACUCGCGAACGAUUCGCCGCGCUCGCCUGACGGUAUCAUCGCAAAUCUAACAACCAGAAUCGCGGCAUUGGAGAAAACAAUGGCUGACGCCGUUUCUGAGGGAGAGAGGUUGGAAUCAGAAGUGACAGAGCUGAGUUUUGUUACCGAGGAAGGGCGAGAGCCACCCCUGCCAAGACAUCUUCGCAGACGCGUGGAACAUCUUGAAGAAAAUAUCGGCGUGAUCGAGAUGAAGUUGGAAGACGAAAAAGACAAGGUGAGGCGGUACGAAGAAGAGUUGGCUCUUGUCAUCGGGAAGCAGACAAGUCUUGAAGAACAACUUCAACAUCUUGAAAGUCUCAUCGCGUUCCGAACUCUCGUUCCCCGGAGAGAAGGCAACCAGAGGCACAAGAAGAGUUCUCGCUCCCAUGAUUCCUUGUGGUCUCCAUCCGGGCAUCGCGGAGAUGUUUCCCAGGGUGCCGUGCGCGACGAGAAGUUGACCUUGGGGGAAGAUUCGGCCGACUUGGAGGAUUUCUAUGACUACGAUGAGUACGAUUAUGAUUUAACCCACGAGGCAAGAGAGCAAAGAUAACCGUCACACAGACUGAAGAUAAGAAUAAAUUUCAUGACCAUAUUAUUUGUCAUAACAAAAUAUAUCAUCAUAUUGUGAUUACAAGUCCUCAAAGCUCAACCAGACUUUUGGCAUUGUCGUGAAGUUUUUCUUAAGUCUCUUUUGUUGAAUGUUCAUUCAAUCAUAUUCAAAGAGAAAAGUUAUCGUUUUAAUAAUCAUAUACCAUUUGCCAUAAACAGAUGUAUUACUACAUUGUAUUU